GCAGCAACAGCCGCUCGAUGAGCAACGUUCAGCAGUCGCAGCAGGCCGCUCCCUCCUCGCUGACCGCCCCGCAGCCACGGUUCCUCUCCCGCGGACACACCUACCGCGCCGUCGUCGGGGACACUCUCGUCCUGCCCUGCCAGGUGGAGAAUCUGGGCAAUUUCGUCCUUCUGUGGCGACGGGGACCAAAUGUGCUCACUGCCUCCAACAUUAUGGUUACACGGGAUGAGCGCGUAAGACUGAUAGAUGGUUAUAAUUUAGAGAUAUCCGAUUUGGAGCCCCAAGACGCCGGGGAUUAUGUUUGUCAAAUCAGUGACAAAAUAAAUCGUGAUCAAGUGCACACAGUUGAGAUAUUGGUGCCACCGAGCGUCCGGGCCAUACCCACAUCCGGGCAGCUGCAGGCGAGGAAAGGAGGACCCAUUACGCUGGAGUGCAAGGGAUCCGGUAAUCCGGUGCCAUCCAUUUACUGGACCAAGAAGAGCGGCGCUAACAAGUCCACGGCAAGGAUCGGCGACGGACCUAUACUGACCCUGGAGAAGCUGGAGCGCCAGCAGGCGGGCGUCUAUCAGUGCACCGCCGACAAUGGCGUGGGUGAUCCCGUCACAGUCGACAUGAGAUUGGAUGUUCUGUAUCCCCCGGAUAUACAAGUGGAGAAGUCGUGGAUACACUCGGGCGAAGGAUUCGAGGCGAAGCUCGUUUGCAUUGUUUACGCUGAUCCAGUCGCAACGGUGUCCUGGUACCAAAACUCAUUUCCGAUCCAAUCGACCGACAGACGCAUCAUGAACACCAGGGCCAACCGGCACACGCUCACCAUACGCCACAUCCAGCAGGAGGACUUUGGAAACUACAGCUGCGUGGCAGACAAUUCGCUGGGACGCUCCCGCAAGUACAUGGAGCUCUCCGGACGCCCAGGACCCGCCGAGUUCUACUCACCCAAGUGGGGUCGCUCGCCGGACAGCUACAAUCUGACCUGGAAAAUCGAUAGCUACCCGCCGCUGGAGGAGGUGCGUCUGCUCUACCGCCGAGUGCUGAUGAAUGAUUCGUUCCAGCAGCCGGGCAGGUGGCACGACUUCAUCCUCACCCCGGAGCAUCGACCGGCCUCGGAACCCCUGACACACAUCAUGUCCUACACUAUUAAGAAUCUGCAUCCUGGCGCUUACUACGAGGCGAUUGUGCAGGCCAAGAAUCGCUACGGCUGGAACGAGGUCAGCGAUAUAUUUCAAUUUAUCGUCGCCAGCAACAGCGUGGACAUUGGCCCCGAAGACGCCGAGGUCGUGGCCAGCUCCAAGUCGCGCAGCAACAGUGGCGCCGUCGCCAGUCCGCCAGGAUCCUUGCCUCAGAGCCUGCUCCUGCACUCUGCCCUGCUGCUCGUCCUAGCCUUGAGUAAUUGUCAGUUCGACAGACGCCGACUGGGCCUGGGAUAAGCUGUUAACUCGGCGGGAGAGGAUCGGAAGGAGGAACAGCAGCUCCUCCAGAGACGCUCACAACCACACGCAGAACGAGACUGGCGGGGAAGCACAAACCAAAGAUAUGAGCUGUAAGAUACAGAAGUCAAGACAAACAAAGUUCACAGCUAGGUCGGCUUUUUCUUGGAUUUUUGAUCAUUUUACCGUAAAUUGUGUUCCCUUACCGGUCAGACGGAGAAUUAACCAAAGAGCAAGAGCGAAUGCAUCACACUAGAGGAGAUUUAAUUGCACGAGGAGAAGAGGGGAAGCCCAAGGAGUAAAAUGAAAAUUGAACCCAUGUACAUAAUUUUUUAAGUGUUUGUCCACGAUUAAAUUAGCACACACACACAAGACCGGAAAAUGGUUAAUGGAAAUUGCAAUUUGAGAAUGCGAAUCCACUAUCCAAAUCCAGCCCCAGCAGCAACCCAACCAUCUCCAGCCCCAUACCCAUACCCACGGUAGAAUAAGCCACUCGAACUAGGUCAUGUAAAUAAGCAUUAGAUAUCUGAAUGUGAACUGCAUUUUACUUCAUCAAAGGUCGGGCUGCGUGCCCGACGCAGGAUGUGUAUGUAAAUUAAGCAAACAUUAUAUAGUGAUAUUAUUUAGUUUCAAACGAAACCAUAAAUAACUAAAUAUUGAGGCAGAAAAAAAAACACGGAAACCACACCGCAGGAUGUUAGUAUGUAAAGUAUUUGCCACGUUUGCGUUCCGAUUUGACGUCGAUUUCGAUUCAUAUUUCGUUCCACUGCCAUUUCUUUGAACGCAGGUGUAGUUAUAUUUUAGUUAGUAAGCGCACCGUAACCAAAGCAUAACAACGUAACAGCAAUUCAAUGUAAUGUUUUUCGAUGUAAACUAGGACCUAAGCAAACAUGUUGUACCACCAAAAACGGGGAGCGAACGGAUCUCAGCUAGUCCCCAUCAUUCGGAAUAUUAGUCGGAGUAUUUGAAUCUGAAUUUUGCAUACAUAUUAGCGGCACGUCCACGCGACUCGAGUGUCACCUGUAAAUACAUGAAUAUACGGUACUUAUUGAGUGUUACAGAACCCAGCAGGCAUUUUAUCAGCUUUUGCACCUUUCCAAUUGUACGCUCGACCCGAGUCGAGUCCGUACUGUUUCAUUUAGGGCACACACGAUAGAGGUCAGCGCUCACUUGUAUAUUUUAUAGGCCGCGGCCCCUCGAACUCGUAUACAACUCCUGUACUUAGCAUGUCGAACGAAGCCAAAAACCGAAACCAAAAGCGGAUCGAAAGAAUAAAGCCGAAUCUCAAGCAAAAGCGUUACAAUUUAUCUACAUAAAUGUGUAUGUGUGUACCUUACAUAGUCAGUUGGAAGCGGGAGGAGUCGUAUGCAUUAUGCAGAUUAUACAGAUACAGACAGACGCGAGUCUACGCUGAACCUACACACGAGUAUAAUUCAGAUAAACCAGAAAUAGCGUCAUUAAAAGUGAAUUCAUUAAUUACUAACUACAUAGUACGAUGCUAAUUGUAUGAUUAAUGCGCAUAAGAAACCCUAAACUAUUCAGAAAUAAAAUAAAGCAUUAGAUGUAAACUAAA